AUGGGAAAUGACGGUAAUGAGCUGUCACCCGAUGAGGUGGGGACUUCCAAAGGUGGGCGUGGUCUCUUGAAAGUACCAUCAAGAUCCUCGUCACAACAAAGGAAUCAGGCGUCGACCGCAUCUACCGGCUUGAGUGGAGCUACGGUGACGGAUCCGAGAACCAGUAUCGAUGCACGAUCGAAAGAAUCCCGAGGUAGUGUCUCUGGUCGGCAGCGAAAUGGUAGCGCCUCGACGCACCGAACUGGCGCAGACAGUGAACGUGGGCAUACCCUCGGCAACUCACAACCCAGCUCACCAUCGACAAGCGAACAAAAGCGAAAACGGAAGAAGACUGGUGGUUUGCUGUCGUUGCUCGGGUGUUGCGGCGUCCCCGACAGCGCAAACACUUUGGAAGAAGGCGAAAGUGAAAACAUUCACAAAGUCGAGAAGCUUCCUCAACGUCCCGCCAACGCCAAAACUCGACCGCAAAAUCCUCAAGAGCAACAAAUUGUAAUAAAAACACUCAACGAGAAAGAGCCAACCCAAGAUACUUCUACUCCAGGUCACACAGAAAAUCAAGCAUCAAGCAGUACGCAAGAUCCGUCUUCAAAUGUUGAAGGAGCACAGCCUGAGACGAAGGAAUCCGCCAACCCAGCUAUUGCGGUUGAUGCUCCGUCCCAACAUGCUGAGAACGAUGCUGAGACAGGAGACCAGACCGCGGUCGCAGACAAUGGGAAUACAGACAUGCCAGACGCCGGGCAGGACGAAGUUCCAGAGGCCCUAGUUACCGGUGGCUCGGAUGAUACGCAGUUCCUCACGAUACCGCCGCCUCCAAUACUACCACCACCACCUGGGCCUGGGUCCGCACUUGCGCCUCCCUCGACUUUGAUGGAGAGCGGACCAGCAGCACCUGAGCAGCAAGCCUGGCUUCUUCCUUCCAUUGCGCCAGAGCACAAAGGCCGGAAGUGUUUGGUUUUGGACUUGGAUGAGACUCUUGUCCAUAGUUCGUUUAAAAUACUUCACCAGGCAGAUUUCACAAUCCCCGUUGAGAUCGAGGGCCAUUAUCACAAUGUCUAUGUCAUAAAGCGCCCCGGUGUAGAUGAGUUCAUGAAAAGAGUUGGGGAGCUUUAUGAAGUUGUGGUCUUCACCGCGUCCGUCUCCAAGUACGGCGACCCGUUGCUGGAUCAGCUAGAUAUUCAUAAAGUGGUACAUCACCGUCUCUUCCGGGAGAGCUGCUACAACCACCAAGGGAACUAUGUCAAGGAUCUAUCGCAAAUUGGCCGGGAGCUGAAAGAUACCAUCAUUAUAGACAACUCGCCAACUUCGUACAUAUUCCACCCCCAACAUGCGGUUCCAAUUAGCAGCUGGUUCUCGGAUGCCCACGACAACGAAUUACUAGACCUUAUCCCUGUUCUUGAGGACUUGGCCGGCCCCAAUGUAGCCGAUGUCAGCCUCGUCCUUGAUGUCACUCUUUGA